GCUCGUCGUACAGAGGAGUACGUAAAAAUAGCAUUAGAGGGCGUAGGUAAAUUAAGAGCAAAGAUGCAACAAGAGGGAGGAGUAGAUUUCUUAACUCGUCUUAAUAUAGAUACAACGGAUACGCAGCAGCAGCAGCAGCAGCAGCAGCAGCAAGGGCAGCAGCAGCAGGAAAAAAGGGAGGAUAAAUAUGAUGGAGGGGCCCCUGAUGGGUACCCAGGAGGAGGGAUAUCUAAUAAUAAUCCUUAUGCAGGGAAAAGAGGUAAAAUACAAGGAGGGGGCCCCCUUAUUGAUGGGGAAGAAAGGACUGUUAGUCCCCUCUAA